AGUACUUAUCCGAACUGCUUGCUUCCUCUUACAUCCGUAGUGCCAUAGUGUUUUCAGCUCCCUUUUUUUUUAAGCUGAGCAAGGGACACUUGAUAUUCAUUGGGUACGUGCCUCUCGAAGAAACACGCUUCUUUAAAACGAAAAUACUGGCAAGCCAAAGCACGACAAGCACCACUGCAAUUAUUAUUUGACAUUCAUGAGCGCAUCCGCCGAGACGCCGGUGGACACUGCCGUGUUGCAGCGGUACGCCGAGGAAGCCCGCUCCGGCUCUGCGGCGCUGAGUGACUUGUCACACACAGACCGUCAAGUCAUGCUACGCGCGGUAGCCCGGUCUCUCCUCGACCAUGAAGCGCAUAUCCUUGCCGCCAACAAGCUAGACAUGGAGGCGGCCAAGGUGAACAACGUUGCGGCUCCUUUGUUGAAGCGACUGGAGCUGACCAAGAGUAAGCUGGACACCCUAGUCGAGGGCAUCCGGACUCUCGCCGAGAUGCCCGACCCGAUCGGCCAAAUUUUGUCUGCGCGGGAAUUGGAUGAUGACAUGCUGUUGGUGAAGCAGACAGCACCUAUCGGUGUGCUCCUCGUGGUCUUCGAGUCGCGGCCCGACAGUCUACCUCAGAUCGCGUCGCUCGCGCUUUGCUCCGGCAACGGGCUGUUGUUGAAGGGCGGCCGCGAGGCGGAGCAUUCCAACGCGGCCUUGCACGACGUCAUCGUCUCCGCCGUCGAGGCGAGCACGCAGGGACGGGUGCCACGCGGCGUGGUCGGCCUUGUCACCAAUCGGGCCGACGUCUAUGGCCUUCUGCACCUGGACGGCUACAUUGAUCUUGUGGUGCCGCGUGGAAGCAACGCCAUGGUGCAGAACAUCCAGCGCUCCACACGCAUUCCCGUGCUGGGCCACGCGGAUGGCAUCUGCCACGUCUACGUACACAAGGACGCGGACUUCACCAAGGCGCUGGCGGUGGCCAUUGACGCAAAGCUGAACUACCCGGCUGCCUGCAACGCGGCCGAGACGCUGCUGCUCCACGCAGACCUGCUGACGCUGCCCGCGCACGACACCACCGCUGCACAGUUUCUCGUCCGUGGGAUGGAGGAGGCGGGGGUGCGCUUCUACGGGGGUCCGCGUGCGGUGGCAGCCGGCCUGGCAAAGGAGCCCGUCGGCUCGUUCCACACCGAGUACGGCGACGCGCACAUGGCGGUGGAGGUGGUGGACUCGCUGGACGCGGCCAUCGCGCACGUCAACUGUUACGGCUCCCACCACACCGACGCCAUCCUCGCCACCGACGCGGCGGCGGCGGCCGAGUUUGAGCGGCGGGUGGAGAGCGCGUGCGUUUUCCACAACUGCUCCACGCGGUUUGCGGAUGGCUUCCGGUUCGGGUUGGGCGCGGAGGUCGGCAUCAGCACCGCCCGCAUCCAUGCGCGGGGUCCGGUGGGGGUGGAGGGUCUGUUGACGCAGAAGUGGGUGCUGCGGCCAAAGGUGGUGGCCGGCACCGUGAAGGACCGCUAUGCCACAGUGAGCGAGUUCCAGAGCGGCGAUCACCACUUCACCCACAAGGAUGUGACACGGGCGCUGCAAGACGACGCGGCGGCAGGUGGGCAGCGGUAA